AAAUGGAAGAAUUCAGACAACUCCCUGAUGGCCAGUACACUCAAGUUAUUUAUACUCUCAUCAAAGAGCAGAAGUAUAUUGAGGUGAUAAAUCUCCUCUCUAAUGAAAUCCAGUAUUACCCAAGAAGUAGAGCUGCCCUUUCCUUGCUCGGUUAUUGUUACUAUUAUGUUCAGGAUUACGAGAACGCUUCUGAUUGAUAUGAUCAGCUGGUGAAGAUUUGUCCUGAUGUAGUCGAUUACCAAAUCUAUCAUGCCCAAAGUUUGUACAAAGCUGGUGAUUACGAGAGCGCCCAGAAAGUAUGCCAGUCGAUUGACAGCCCAGAGCAUUCCAACAAGAUCGUCCAGCUUCAAAUUGCUGUCCAAUAUGAAUUAGAAGAAGUAUCUCAUGCUAAAAAUCUUGCAGAACAGCUUGAGAAAGAUUCUUCUGAGGCUAUCAUUACUGAAGGAUGCUUACUAUUCAAAGAAGAGAAGUACGAAGAAGCUAGACAGAAAUUCCAAGAAGCCAUGAACUCUGCUGGAUACAGAUCCGAUCUGGCUUAUAACAUUGCCCUCUGCUAUUAUAAGAUGAAGCAAUUAGCUCCUUCUCUGAAGCAUAUUGCUGAUAUUAUUGAGAAAGGAGUCAGAGAACACCCAGAGCUGAGUGUUGGAUCAAACAGCGAAGGAGUUGAAGUCAAAUCAGUCGGAAACACUCAAACUCUCAGAGAGACUGCUCUGGUAGAAGCUUUCAAUCUCAAAGCUGCCAUUGAAUAUACAAUGAAUAAUUAUUCAUCUGCAAAAGAAGCACUUCUUGACAUGCCUCCUAGAAAUGAAGAAGAGCUUGAUCCUGUCACUCUUCAUAAUCAUGGUCUGAUGAACAUUGAGGAAGACCCUCAAGGUGGAUUCAAAAAGCUGAACUUCUUGAUCCAAAAUCCUCCUUUCCCACCAGAGACAUUUUCAAAUCUUCUGUUACUUUACUGCAAAUACGCUCAUUACGACCUGGCUGCUGAUGUACUUGCUGAAAAUGCAGAUUUAACCUACAAAUGAUUGUCACCCGAAGACUUCGAAUUCCUUGAAACAAUCAUCCUGCAGCAGACCUCCAAAGAAGAGGCUUAUAAGAAAUUCGAAGAGCUCUCGAACAGACAUAUUGAUGUUCUAAGAAUGAACACCAAAUCAAUUCAAGAUGCUAGACUUGCCAGAGACAAUGAAGCUAUCAAGAAGACUCUCAAAGAGUAUGAUGACUCUCUUGAGAAGUACAUUCCAGUCCUCAUGAUGCAGGCCAAGAUCUACUGGGAUGAAGGAAACUACAACAUGGUCGAAAAAAUCUUCAGACAGAGUGCUGAAUUCUGCUCAGAACAUGACACUUGGAAGCUGAAUGUAGCCCAUGUCUUCUUCAUGCAAGAGAACAAGUACAGAGAUGCUAAAAGGUACUAUGAACCAAUUGUUCAAAGACACAUGGAUGACCUCCUGAGUGUCACAGCCAUUGUUUUGGCUAACUUAUGAGUCAGUUACAUCAUGAUUUCUGAAAAUCAAAAUGCUGAAGAACUCAUGAAAUGAAUCGAAAAAGAAGAAGAGAGGAUUGCUGUUGAAGAUCCAAACAAACAAAUCUUCCAUCUUUGUAUUGUAAACUUGGUUAUUGGUACUCUAUACUGCUCUAAAGCUAACUACGAGUUUGGAGUCUCAAGGAUCAUUAAGAGUCUUGAACCAUAUAAUAAAAAGUUAGGAACAGAUACCUGGUUCUAUGCUAAGAGAUGCUUCCUCGCUCUUAUUGAGACAUUAGCCAAGCAUAUGAUUGUGCUCAAAGAUCAAGCCUAUAAUGAGAUUCUGAACUUCCUGGAUGCAGCAGAGAUCCAUGGAAAAGAGAUUAAGACUAAAAUUGAUCCUCUUGGAAAUGUAGAUGAGACAAAAACUGUCACUUAUGAAGCUCGAGUUCUGAAGAGAAUGUUCUUGAAAUUAAGAGAGUCAACCCAUUAUCACCCUCUAAACUGCUAAUAAAAUUCAAUAAA